AUGGUUGGUUUUGGUUGUAGUGGUGGUGAUGAACAGGAUUUUCAAGGAUCUUGUCCGACUCCUAUUGUCACUCGUAGCGAUGACAGAGUUGUUCUCGAGGGUGGGGAGGCGGCGGUGGUGGAGGAGGUUGAUCGUGAAACUCGUGAUCUUCAGCUGCCUCAAGACUGUGUUCUUAAGGCAAAGCUCAGACCCCGACUUCAAUGGACUCCUGAGCUUCAUACCCGCUUUGUUGAUGCUGUCAAUCAGCUUGGAGGCCCUCACAAGUCAACUCCGAAGAAAGUUCAGCAGGCAAUGGGUAUCCAGGGAAUAACUCUUUUCCAAGUGAAGAGCCACCUCCAGAAAUACAGACUUGGAAGGUACUCAGGGAAGGAAUGGACGGAGGGGACACAAAUCUGUUCACAGGACUUGGAAGAAGGCCUAAGCACUAGGCGUACUCCCUUGCAACUCCCGCAGACCGCAAGAAUGCCCUCUGAUGAACUGGUAAAGGCAGCUGCUGAUGAAGAAAGAAUUAGAAUGCAAAUUGAGGCUGGGAGGCAAUUGCAAUUGUGGCAGGAUGCUGAGCAGAGAUACAUGAAUUUUGCCAUGGAGAAUGCACAUAAGAAACUUGCUGAACAAUUUUUUGGUGGUGCAAUUGCCGCGGGCGUACUAAACGGCGUUUCAGGUUUAGGAACAAUGGAACUAUACCCGGCAUAUCAGAUGACUGCCGGAAGCAGCAUGCAGCCUAGCCUUGAAGGCCACUCGACCUCUUACGGGCGUUCGGAGAAUUCAUCUGUUGAAAAUUUCCAAACUUGUACUGAAGAUGACGAGAAAACGGAGCAGAGCUUGGACGAUGACCCUGCGGAAGCUUACCUGAUCGACCCGGAUCCAGAUAUGGAGUGAUAGGGCACUCUGGAUGAAAGAACAAAAUCACCUUUGUGUUGUUUCCUUAUGGAGUUUCAUAAGUUUAAGAUUUUACCUUUUGCCUUUUGGUGUAAAACUUUGACAGCGUCUGUUUGCUUAUGUCGCAAGUUUCGCUUACCAAACAGUAAAGCAGUAAGGAGUACGAGUAAUAAGAGCGUCCGUUUGAUAACUUAUUUCGUUUUUGAGAAAACUAAACUGAAACAUGUUGAGAAAACUAAAAUGACAUCAAUCGCCCAGAAACGGAUAUCAAAUGCCCCUAAGCUUUCAACUUAAACAAAUUUUAAAUGUUGAACUGAACUUAACCCCGUAAAUCAAAUUGAGAAAUUAAUAGCAAAAAAUCAAUCUGUUGAGAAUUAAAAGAAUUAUCCAAUUUACUUUUCCAUUCCAAAUAUGAAAUAAAAGAGAAUACAAGGAUUGAAGGUCCCCGAGCUACAACUUUCUAACACAAUGUGAUUAAACUAAAGUAAAAGCGCAACGCUAGUGAAGCAGUAAAACGAAAUGGGAUAGACGGGUAAACGGAGAAUCUGCCGCCGGUGAUGUCGCAAACGAGGGCAGUACACAGAAAACAAAGGACGCUAUCACCGGAGAGCUGCUUCAGAUACCGCAACACCGUCAACUUUCAGAUGCAACCAAGUGUAAAGGCCAAAA